AUGGACGCCAUAGACCAGAAGGCUGAGCCAACCUCGGCUACGGCCCCGAGGAGCGAUGUUGACAGCGAUGGCCAAAUUAUUUCGUAUAUCGACCCAGUCAAGGAGGCCAAGAUGAUGCGGAAAUUCGAUAUCUGGGCUGUUGGCCUUUUAGGUAUACUCUACAUGUUGGCGAACCUCGACCGGAGCAACAUCGGCAAUGCAAACAUCGCAGGACUUCCUGAAGACCUUGGCCUCGUCGGAAACCAAUAUGGAACUGCAGUAACCUUGCUAUACGCCACCUAUGUUCCCUUCGAGACGCCCGUCGCAGUACUGCUCAAGAUCAUUGGGCCAAAGUACCUGCUUACCACAUGCUGUUUCUGCUGGGGCAUGGUUUGCCUCUGCACAGGCUUCAUCCACAACUGGCAGGGCCUGUACACAUGCCGGCUCCUUACUGGUUUCUUCGAGGCUGGACUGAUCCCGUGCAUCAAUGUCUUCCUCGGUAUGACAUAUAAGAAGUCUGAGCGUGGCAAGCGAUCGUCGGUUAUCUUCGCCUUCAGCGCCUUGGCCAGUGCCUUUGGGGGUAUCUUUGCGUAUGGCCUGACCCAGAUCCAGACCAAUGGACUGUUCACGUCGUGGCGGGCUCUGUUCAUUGUCGAGGGUUGCUUGACAGUCCUUGUCUGUCCGGUGUUCUUCUUCCUCUUUCCUGAAUCUCCAACGACGGCAUGGUUUCUGGACGAUGAAGAAAAGGAGAUGAUGAAGCUGCGUUACCAACUUGACCCUCACUGGGGUGUCGUUGAUGAUGAAUUCAGCUGGAAAGACGUGCGCCUUGCACUGACGGAUCCCAAAUUCUUUGCCUUCUUCACGUUCCAAUUCUCCGUCGACAUCUCUCUCUAUGGCUUCACGACAUUCUUGCCCGCCAUCAUCAAGGGCUUGGGUUAUACAUCUGUCCAGGCCAACCUGCUUACUGUGCCAAUCUACUUUUGGGGCCUGAUCACCUUCGCAUUUACGGCAUACAUGUCUGACAGAUUGCAUAACCGUGGAUACUGGAUUGGAGGACCUCUGAUCUGUCUGAUUGUCGGAUAUGCGAUCCUGAUAUCUGUCGACAGCCUUGCUGUCCGCUACUUCGCCUGCUUCAUCACUGUCAUGGGCAUCUACCCUACAACAGGUAUGAGCCUCAUGUGGCUCAGCGAUAAUGUGGCCCGUCACUUCAAACGAUCUACCAUGGUGGGAGCCACAUUGACACUGGGAAACACCGCUGGAGUCGCCGUGGGCCAGAUAUUUGUCACUGGCGAUAGCCCGAGAUACAUUAAAGGCCUGUCCAUAGCAAUGGGCCUUGCCGUCGUUGCUCUGGCCAUGGUGGCGUCUCUCAUGACCGGCAUGCGCUUGGUCAACAAGCGGCGUGCAGCCAAGAUUGCUGCCGCUGAACAGGCUGGAACCCCCUUGCCUUUCCAGCCUGAGUUAGGUGACAAGGAUGUUCACUUUAGAUACAGUCUAUGA